ACAAUGAGUUUCCAGAACUUGCCGCUUCAUGGCUGUGUCGCUGCAGUCGGUAAAUGAACGUUUGAUGUGGUGUUUGUCAAGAUUGUGCUUUAGUGUGUUUACAGUGAAUUAUUCCACAAUAGUAUAAUCCUAAUUGAGGUUAAAGCUUUUAAGGAGUAGAUGAAGGUGACGGUAUGUCUCGCAACAAAGACAAGCAUGAGGGCGCAAGCGGGCGCACUUAUCAUAUCAUGUCGGAGGCGGAGCGAGCAUCAGGCCGGCGCGGAGGUUGGACCUCGCUUGAGGUAACAGGAGGUGUCCGCGCCCUGGCGCCCCAGCUAUUCCAACUGUCGCACCUGACCGCGCUGUACCUGAACGACAACUCGCUGCAGCGGAUCCCGCCCGACAUCAACAUGCUAUCCAACCUGCACACGUUGGAUGUGUCCAACAACAAGCUGAGGACGCUGCCCGCGGAGCUCGGCGAUCUCAUACAGCUAAGAGAGUUACUCCUACACAACAACUACCUCAGAGUGUUGCCGUACGAACUGGGCAAGCUCUUCCACCUCCAGAAAUUGGGAUUGCACGGGAACCCGCUGAGCAAGGAGAUGCUAUCGAUAUACAACGAAAGCAACGGCACUUCCAAGCUGCUGACGUAUAUGCUGGAUAAUUUACAAGCCUACACGAAUGAACCAGUAACUGCCACCUUGCCGCCACAGAGGCCUUGGAUCCCCUUAACGCGACCUAACAGAACUCGUCCUACCUGUAUAUUUACGGUGAUGUGCUACAACGUCCUCUGCGACAAAUACGCCACGAGACAGAUGUACGGGUACUGCCCGAGUUGGGCGUUAGAGUGGGAUUACCGGAAGAAAGGAAUUCUGGAUGAAAUUAGACAUUAUUCCGCAGACCUAAUUAGUUUACAGGAAGUAGAAACCGACCAAUUUUACAAUUUCUUCCUACCAGAGCUUAAAAGCGACGGUUACGAUGGCAUAUUCUCACCAAAAUCGCGAGCAAAGACCAUGUCCGAGUCGGAGAGGAAAUACGUCGAUGGUUGUGCCAUCUUCUUCAGAUCUGCAAAAUUCGCGUUAGUAAAAGAGCACCUAAUCGAAUUCAACCAGCUCGCGAUGGCUAACAGCGAGGGCUCGGACAACAUGUUGAACCGCGUCAUGCCCAAGGACAACAUCGGUUUGGCUGCGCUGCUCAAGACCAAAGAAGCGGCUUGGGAGAAUGGCAUACCAACGGACUCGUCGAUGCUCGGGCAGCCAAUUCUAGUAUGCACGGCACACAUCCACUGGGACCCCGAGUUCUGCGACGUGAAGCUGAUCCAGACGAUGAUGCUAAGCAACGAGCUGCGCAGCAUCCUGGACGACUCGGCGCGCACGCUGCGGCUGGCGGGCCAUCGCGACAACGUGCAGCUGCUGCUCUGCGGAGACUUCAACUCGUUGCCUGACAGCGGCGUUGUGGAGUUCCUAUCGGCCGGGCGCGUGUCGUCGGAGCACCGCGACUUCAAGGCGCUGGGGUACGCCACAUCGCUGCGCCGCAUGCCGGGCUCCGAGCACGAGUUCACGCACAACUUCAAACUGGCCUCCGCCUACAGCGAGGACAUCAUGCCCUACACCAACUACACAUUUGACUUCAAGGGUAUAAUCGACUACAUAUUCUACUCGAAGCAGUCGAUGACGCCGCUGGGGCUGCUGGGCCCAUUAUCGCAGGACUGGUUCCGGGAACACAAGGUGGUCGGCUGCCCACAUCCGCACAUACCCUCAGAUCACUUCCCCCUGCUGGUGGAGCUGGAGAUGUGUCCGGCGAGCGGCAACUCCAACGGUCUGAUCGGGCGCAGGUAGCACGCGUCGCCGCGCGCCCGCCGCCGCCGCGCCACAGCCGCCUCCUCGUCGCCGCCGCACCCGCCACACCCGCCACACCAGCGCUAGCACAACACGACGGCCCGAGGAUACUCUGCCACGAUUCAUAUUUUAAGUUUUUAGCAGUUAUAAGAUUUUAUCUACGUGGGUUCGGUUCGAUCGUGAUUUUCUAACAUUUGCACGAUAUUUUUUUUUCGUUCGCAGAUUUCCUAAACUUAGACAACCGAUCCUAAAAUAUAAAGUCUCCGACUGUGUAUUUUACUUAUAAUUAGGUGCGAGGUGGGCCGGGUGUAAGUGAAUGUUGCCGGACGAUCAUGUUCAACGAGACGAUCGUUAUCACCUGAUGAAUUUGUUUAUUUAUUAAUAUAUUAUAGCGCUUCUGUUGAGCGCGAGGGAUCGGCCGAGCUUAUGUAUUUCGUUUUAUAAUCCACGCGAAUUUCGCUAGGCACUAAUUAAUGUGCCGUGUUUCGCUGCUCCCUGAUGUUCCUCCCCGUCGAGUGACGAUUUUAGUGUAGUAGUACAUUUUGUUGUAGCUGUGCUCGUUUUAUCCGCUUAGACGGUGACGUUUGUACAGGUAAAUGUGGUAGUUGGACGUUCGUGACAUGUUAUUUGGCGGCUCGGAUCAGAGAGGAGCGAACUAUCUGUGCAAUGUAUUCCGCGUGUCGACGUGUGAGGUAGUCAAGUAAGUAAUGAGUUGCGCGAGGUGAGGCACUACAUCGGCUCGGUAUUGACAAUUUUAUUGAAGUAGGUAGCGCGCACAUCGUCGUACAUUUUGCAGUAGCUGAGUUGUCACGGGUUAACAUCUGACAAUCCAAUUACUACAAAACAUGGCUUUGUGGAGUGUUAUCCUUAACAAUUAGUACCUUUUAGGUGUCAAAACCGAGUCUACGAUAUGUCGCAUACUACGUGCUUCUUAUUAUUAAUUUGGCUAUGACGUGUACCGAGCGUACACUGCAAUCGUAUGCAAUGCAUAUUAUUAUUUAGUACGUGGAUUUUUUGUCUGUAGAAUCAUCUACAAAUCAGAUGUUAAGUAGUGCUAAUUUUGACGAUUCUAUUAAAAACGUAAUCAAUGAAAUAAAUCAGACCUACGCUUAUUGUGUCAAUGAAUAUUUAUGAUGAAAUAAUGUAAAUGGUACAUGAAGAAUAUUUUUUCAAUAGUGAUAAUCUGUGGCGGAUAAGCUUAGGUUUUUCGAUGUUACAUAUUAUACAGUCGAGGAAUGGCUCGAGAAAUAUAUUAAUUUUUAAAUGAAGUUACGAUAAGACUAAUGUGAGGUGUGUAAUUUUAACCAUUUUGACGUUGCCGAGUGGGCGUGUGUCGUCAAACGUCCAUUUACCAUUGUUAGUUAUAAAAUACUUUUAAUUCCUCCACUGUAUAUUAUUUAGAUAAUAUUUGUAUUCUGGUCAUGCAUCGCAGUGUAUGUGUGUAUGAGUUAGUAGCGAGUAGAAAGGGAGACGGGAAACGUUCGCGGGACUUCCUUUCUAUUUGUAUAAAAAUCUUUGAGACAUCUAUACCUAAGUCUUAAAAAGGGGUUAAAUAUAAGUAAUUUUUAUUAAGAUUAAAAUACGUCGGGUUUUCAAUUCAUAAACGAAAUUAGAAUCAAAUUUAUGUAAAAAGCUUCUCCUGUAAAGUGCAAGUACAAUAUUGCUAACAGCUUAAACGUAACAGUGUCUCAAAUUAAUAAAAACAUAGUUGUUAGUAAUAUUAUACGACGCACUGUAGGCCAGUUUGGUGAUCUACAGGAUUAAAACUAAAAAUUAACGUUUCGUGAUCUGGAAUCGAUAUAAUGUUUUAGAAGCUAUUUACAACAAUUGUUGAAUAGAAAGUUAUAUCAAAGAUCCAUUGAUUGUGUUACAUGUGUAAAGUCUAAUACAAAUUCGAGCUUCGAAUUUGUCAGACCAUGAUGAUGGCGAUGUACGGUUCCAUACAUAUACUAUAAUUUUGGCUGUCAAAACUAGAUGUUAGACAAUUCAGUGACCACAAAAAAUAUGCGUAGUACAGCGCCAUCUGUUUCGGCUGAUAAACUAGGGUGCACGAUAUUUUCUUAGACUGGACCUCUCUAUUACAAUCAAUAAAUCUUUGGUUAUAUUCAAAUUAUACCUCUCGCUUCGAAUGAUGGUCCAUAUGACAGUUCCUUCAAGUCUCUUUCGGUUGGGCGUAAUUUAAAAAAUAAUCAAAGAAAUGUGUUUUUAAUCGUUUUUUUAUUACAUAAAUAUUUCUUUUAUAAAUAAAUUAAUGUGCUAUAUUCCAAAUGUCUACAAACAAACAUUUAUGUGACGGCUACUCCAUAUAAUAACGAACUGUCAUAGGAAUCAUCAUUCGACGCUAGAGGUAUAGAGAACCAAGAACAUAUAUGGGCGUCGGCGCAACGACGACGCACGGUAUAGCUGUCUCACGGACUGUAGUGGAGAGAUGGAACUGUAGAGAGCGAAGUGUGCCGGUUGUAGCAAGGUAGGGCAUUCGUUGACGUGAGUUGGCGGCUCAGAACAAAGCGGCGGGCGAUCAUUAGGUUAAUGUCGCAUUGUGUGUACCAACAAACUUCUCAGCGAGACUAUGUUUAAUAUAUUUUUAGCCCAUCUACCCCCUUCCUUGGUAUUCUAUAGACCUCUAUGUAAGCGGAGAAUAGAUUAAUAUGAUAAGUGCAUUUUCUAAAAUGUCCCUCUUGAGGCGUCUUUGCCUCUCGACACGUCCCCUUAGUUUUAAGUCAAUAUAUAGUAGCUAUUCUGCAUGUGACCAAAUUUCAUGCAAUUUCUUCACGAAAUUAAGAGCCCAUACUAACAAUGUAGGUAGGCACUCCCUAAAACAGAGGGCCUACCGCGAACCACGUUCGACGUGUUGCCUCUCUGUCGCACUUGUAAUAGAUGGCGCCAGCAUAGGUUUUACCUGUCUCUAGUUUUGUUCUUUGAAAUAUACCUUAAAGGCUAGCUCUUUAAAUCCAUCCAGGCGAUAAAAUAUAAUUAUGAAAAAAAAAACAAGAAUUUGACACUAUUUGUAGGAUUGACAGGUAAAACCUGGCCUUAGCUGUAAUAUACUUCGACGGGCCAAUCACAAUUUUAACUUGUUGUCAAAGUCAAAACUCGUCAGUAUUUUUUCACUCAAUUUGGUCUUAAUCGAAAUUACAUAUGUUGCAAUUUUAAAUUAGGUUUUAUUUAUUACAUCGUCUAUGUUUAAAGCAGGGCGUGUCGCGAGGCAAUGCGCCUUUUCGUUUUAUACACCUAGAAGGGAACAUACUGGAGUAGUACAAAUGAUUGUAUGAAUGUUUUAAAUUUUUGUGAAGUGAGUGUAUUUGUUGAUAUAGAAGACCUAACCCCGCAGUUACACACUCGUGAGACGAUGCGAUUGUGUAAACUCGCUAUUCGCCUAGCAACUCUUACAUGUCGAUUUACAAGAGGUGACACGAAUAAGUGAAUGAAAGUCUUGUAUCUAUGUGUGUAACAUAUUAAUUAAUAAAAUGGUGGCUCUGACUGUAUACCGACACGGGUGUCACUCAUACAAUGAAUGUUUCGUUCAUUCCAUUCGUGCCAGCUUUUGUGAAUCGAUCUGUACUAGUGUAACUGGGAGGUUUGUUUUCAAUGCCCUUUUUGAUUGGUGUCGAUUUACCUGUGACCUGUUAGUCUUUACGACAGUCUACAUGUGAUUGUUAAGUCUUACCAACUUUGAAUUUUUAAAACAUAACAGCUCUGUUAAAUCAACUAUCGAUAACACGCAAACUAUUUCUCCUUAUUAGGAUCAGCUAUAUACAUAUAUGUGAUUGCGAAGAGCUGAGCGUGAAGCUAGAGAGGGUGUCAGUCAGUCAUUCCUCCCGACCUUCCAUAAAAGUAUGAUAUGGAGGAGGCAUGCGGGCAUGGUACGGUGGUCACCGACGCGAUAAGCGCGGCCAUACUAAGCAUGUGCUUGUGUAAUGAGGAUAGUUAGGAGUGAGCAAUAAUUAGGGUUCUCGCUUAUGCGCGCGGCGUACGGACUCGUUGUGCAGCGUAUAUCGAUACUCGGAAUGGUGAUAUUAUCAUUGCCAGUAACACAUUUUGGACCACUGCAUAGUAAUUACGCUUAUAUUUUUCACUCCAUCGAAAUUAUGUAAUAUUGUAAUACUUACCUAAAUAUUCAUUUUUAUUUUUAUUUUAGUUUUUACACAUAUUAUGUAUAUCAAAAGAUAGGUGCUGUUGUAUUUAUUUUGUAAUUUAAAACACAAUUGUGAUAGGAAUAACGUCUCUCUUGUAGUCUACAGCAGAUGUAUCUGCAUGCUCGAAUAGUGAUAAAAGAUUUACAACUAACUACUUAUAUUCAAGGGUGUGUGAAUGUGUAUAGAUCUGUUUGACCCCCUCGGACCUGUGGAUAUAUCUACUGUACAUAACUCUCGGAUGAAUUGUAUAAAUGCCAAAUCAUGAAAAGGGUAUAUUGAAUAUUACUUUUAGGAUAAAUGGAGUGAAAUGAAGUUUUAUAUGAAUCAAAUUUUUACUAAUGUCGCUGUAUAAUUUUCUAAGUACCUGCAGGUAGAUUUUAAAAUCAUAUCAAGGUGAUCUUCUAGUUCUCGUAUGGAUAAUAUACUUGUAGAAGUUUAAGACAAGUCUGGAGUUGAAAUUCUUCCGCAAAGCGAUCGGGGAGCACAAACUAGUUCAUAACAACUGAAGGGUUUCAACCACAACACUCCAUUUUGCCUUUGCUAUCUAAACGCUGUUUUCAAAUUCAAUCGUCUUCUCCAAACUGGUUUUACGUAGUGAGUGUUCUUGCAUUUAUCAAUAUACCUACAUGUUCAUUUCUGUCUAGAAAAGCAUAAUAAUAGUAGAUGUAGUCUGAACAAUGAUAAUUAUAAUAGAUGAGCCACAAAUAAAUCAAUCAACUAUGAUGCAUUAGUUACAGUAAAUAAUAAUGCUCGCAAGGCUUCACGACUCAACGUUUGAGAGCAUGUGCGAGUAUUGUAGCCUUGCUAGUAGCGAUUUGGUACCACGUUCAGUUGUAAGUUAUGCUUUCGCAUUUUUUUUAAACCACUUGUGCAAGCGCUAGAGCGAAAUUAAGAAAAAAGGCCGAACAAUUUUUAGGUUUUACUUAAUAACAUGUGAUUUAACGUGAUAUUUUGGUCAAGAAAGAAACCUAUAUUCAUACCAACUCAACACCGCUAGUGAUAUGUCGCUUUCCAUUAGAGAAGAGUCCUUAUGAACAUAAGCAUAAGGACCCAUCUCUGAUGGAAAGCCACAGGUGCAGUCUGAGAGAUUAUUCGUAUGGCAAUUUCCAGUAGAAGUUUCCCCAUUUAAAUAACACACAUGAAUGCGAGAGUAUCGCUUACGGAUAACGAGAGCUUUAUCAUAACAAGUGUAUCUUAUUUGUAGUUGAACAUAUAUGAUCUCUUUAUUUUAAUAGAAUUUUGAUGGACAUUUUACUUACUAGUUUUAGCCGUGUGUAGUUGAAAAUAUAAACUUUUAUAAAGAUAGCAAACUUUUGGUUAAAUGCCAGACAUUUUGCCUAGAUAAAUCAAAAUUGUUCAGUUGAUCACUAUUAGAUUAGCGCCAAGUUUAGUCUGUCAACGAGGUGCCGGAGCUCCCCAGGUGGCUUGAAUAAAAAUGUAUAUAGGUUUAUAUCCUUACUGGUGUACAGUCAGCGGCAUAUAGUAGCAUCCAAAGUAUCAAAUAGUUCGGGAUAUCAUAUAAGAGGAAAAUGUAAUUGUGAGAUUCACAAGAUAAUCAUUUAUUUACAAACAAGAUAUAGACAGUAAUAUGUAUGGCGUACCGAACUAUUUGAAUACUGAUGGCUACCUACUAUACGACGCUGACUGUACUGACCUAGUUAUGUGCUGAAAUUAAAACUGUACAUAUUUGUUGUAAAAAUAAUGUUAUUUUUUUAUUUGUAAAUAGUUUCUAAAACCGUAUUAUUAAAAAAAAAACUAUCAGUCGGCUGGGAAGCUUCCGAUACGAAUUUGCGCUUGUAUAAUUUGGAAAUUUCGAAUUUACCAAAAGAAGCCUUCAUGUUGUGUGUACAUUUAAUUUGUAAAUAUGUUAUUUCAUAACGAUUAAUGCUAAACAACGAGCGAGCCGUCGCGGUUGUCAGCCGUUUGGACUUCUGCGCACACCACAACGACCGCUAGCCUCCGUCGUCACCCACGACACGACUCGCUAGCUACGCAUCACCCGAGUUGCAUCUAGGCAGACAUUCCAUAGGCCCUAUCGAUUAAGCUCAAGACUAAAGACUGUUUGAGACUUAAAAAUAUCAAGAUAAUGAAAAAAUAUUUUCUGAAACACCUUAACUACUUAUUAACUGUGUUAUGGGUGAUUUAAUGAUAAGAUCGAACAGUGUAACUCACUAGAAUCUAAGAAGAAAUGCUUUACGACACUGUGAUAGACAAUACUGCUCUACCUGAGAGACACUAGGCAUUUAUUCGUUGUUUCCUCUACAAAUUCGCUGACUGUACCUACAGUUUACAAUGCUGACAUAGUGUGUACGUCUAUUCUUACUGAAAUAUAUAUUAUAUAAAUUCUACCGGAAUUGUGCAUUGUCAACGACAAUUGUAGACGGAGCGACGUUGUGAAGAUAAAAAUUGUUCUUAUGAAAUGGCAAUGUUAGUAAUAUAAUAUGUACUCUCAGUAUUAAACAGGUUUUGCUUGAUUUCAUAACCAAUACUAACUGACCCAAAGCUAAUCCCGAAUCUAUGUGGUUCAAUUAAGCUACUUACAAAUUAAAAACAUGGGAAACCUGCAAAUAAAUUAGGCAAUAUUAAAAUCAAGUAGUACCUGUUCCUGUGGAUGUGUGUAAAAAUGUACAAAGCGUAUGUGCAGAAGUUCCGUCGCGGCUCGGGCCCGAGCGGGGCCGCGUCUCGCUGUGCUGUUUGUUGACACAUUAUGUAUAUUUGAAUGAAUCAAAUUAUAAGAGAAUAUGAAUUUUA